AUGUUUUGACCGAUAUAUUAUUGGUAUUUGCAUCCGACACAACUAUCUCUAACGACCGACUAAAUGGCACGGCCACGUGCUCAUUCCGGAGCUGACGGGCCCAAGGAACCUCAUUCAGUAUCAUUAAAAGUUUUACGAUUAUCACGACCCUCACUAUCAUAUCAAUAUCCACUACCACGGGAAGACACGAGGAUAUCGUCAAAGGCGUCCCUCGCCUAUCCCAGCAAUGACUUUGAUCCUCACUUUAUCCUCAGUCCCAAUGUUACUCUUCCCCCAGCGUUCGGAUCAGCAUACGUGGGAGAAACAUUCGCCUGUUCCCUAUGCGCCAAUAAUGAACUACCAGAGACAGAUAGCACGAAAAAGGUCACAUCCGUCCGGAUCCUGGCUGAGAUGCAAACACCAUCUCAAGUUUUCCCUCUGGAUCUGAAACCAGGCGAAGACGAACAUCAAGAUGAGACACUACCAAAACCGGGCAAAGGGCUAGACUAUGGCCAAUCAUUACAAAAAAUUGUUCAAUUCGAUCUCAAAGAAGAAGGGAAUCACAUCCUGGCUGUGAGCGUUAGUUAUACCGAGACGUUACUAGCUGAUGCCAAUGCUACUACUGCGAGUAGCGGUAGAGUCAGGACGUUCCGCAAGCUGUAUCAAUUUAUCGCGCAGCCGUGUCUGAGUGUGCGCACAAAGGCGUCUGAAUUGGUGCCCGCGGAAGUGGAGAAUAAAUCUCUGGGACCGUAUGGGAAGACGCGUCUUUUGAGGUUUGCUUUGGAAGCGCAGUUGGAGAAUGUGGGGGAUGGGUCGGUUGUUAUUGAGAAAACGAUUUUAAAUGCAAAACCGCCCUUCAAAUCCCAAAGCCUCAACUGGGACAUACACCAUUUCCCUUCUAGCAGCACAUCGGAACAACCAACAAUGAAUCCCCGGGAUAUUCUACAAGUAGCGUUCUUGGUCGAGCAAGAAGUCGGUCAACACGAUGGAUUGGAGAAUUUGCAAAAGGAAUUGAAAAGGGAUGGACGAGCUAUCCUAGGACAGCUUUCGAUUGAGUGGAGGAGCGCGAUGGGGGAUAGAGGGUUUUUGACGACGGGGAAUUUGAUGACUAAGAAGCGGUAG